UUUAUGCUCGCAGGAUGGGGGGGGAGCGGAGCGUCACGUUGCUGUGACGGCAGCGCGGAGUGCAGAAUUCCUUUGUUGUGGGCAGAGAGGAGGGGACGCGGAGCCGCCGGGUCCUUCAGCGACCGCGCAGCGCAGGGGGGUCCGCGUGGGUUCCCCCUCCCCGCCGAAGGGAUGUGGGGUGCGGGGGGGGCACCGCGCUGCGGGGACAUCGCGUGGUGUUGAAGCGCUGCGCGGUGCCCUCGGUGGAGUUGGGUACCGGAGUGAGUCGCGGGGACAGCGGAGGUCACGGUGCCGGCAUCCGCCUUGGAGGGGGGGGUGCGGGAAUGGAGCAUCCCUACCGCCGAGGGUGGGGGCACCCCGUCCUCCUGUGGCCCCACGAGGUGGUGGUGUCCCCUUCCCUCCCACCCAUCCCCAGCCCGUGUCCCCCCGGCUGUCCCCAGUGUCCUCUCCGCUUAUCCCGCAACCCUCCCCCACCCCCCCCACGGCUCGGGGCGACUCGGGACCACGAAAUGCCCCAAAAGUCGCAGGGUCGUCCCGGCACCCAAUCGCCAGGGAGGAAUUCAGCUAGGUUUCAGCUGGAGCUAAUCAUCAGCCCCUGCUUUGCAUAUUCAUGAGCGAGAUGAAUUAUUCAUGAGGUGACAGCUAGUGACAGAUGUGACAAUGUUCGCCUGGGCCGGGGAGGAGGGCUGCGGGGGGAGCGGCUUUGCACCGGCGUUAUUUUAGAUUUCUCUCGUCUGCUUUUUGCCCGGUUUGCAGCAGGGCCGUCCGGGGUUUGGGGACGCUGCUAUUGUCCCCAGCACGGCCCGGCCACGUGGCACCACCAGUGUCACCGUGUCACCAACCCGCGGCAUCACCCAGCCACCCACCCGCAGCGCUCGGGAUGCGGUGACAACGGUGACACGGCCGAUGCCGGCUCUGGGCGCCAACAUCCGUGCGCCGGUGCCACCGCCGAGGACAGCAUGGUGACACCCGGCUGAACCCGGGAUGGGGUCACCAGGGCUGGGUUAUGGGGUGGAGGGUCCAGGAGGUGGGAGGAAGGUGGCUCUGUAAUUAACGGGGCGCUGAGUUGGGGAUGCUGUGAUAAGGAGAAUCGCUGGGGGAGGGGGGCGGCUGUGCCAGGCUCUGCUUUGUCCCCAGUGGUCCCGAUGGGGUGUGUGGUGGUGGCUGUGUGUGGUUUCAGCACUGGGAUGGGAUUCAGUCAGGGAUGGGGCUGCAGUGCUGCUUCCCUGACCUUGGGAUCAACUUUUGAGGUUGGCGUGGGCUCAGCGUGGGCUCUGGGGAUGUGGCAGGGUCCUCCUUUUGUCCUCCUGCUCGGAGCAGUCCCAGUGCCAUCGGGGAUGUGGUUCCCAUGUGCUCAGAUGCGGGUCACAGCAGCAUGCUGGGGCUGUGUGCCCUUUUCCCAGGCUGGGGGACACCAGGACCCCCCUGGUUCACAGCCUGAGGUCCCCGGGGAGGCAGCGGGUUCUGAUGUCCCCUCCCAGUGCUGCGCUGUUCCUGCUGCGAAAGCAAAACCUGCAGAAAUGCUGAUGUCAGGGAAGGUGACUGUCAUGCAGCCCCAUAUCCUCUCCGUGCACGGGGUCCUGCUGCCAGCCCAGGGGUGGCCGUAGCACUGCGGUCCAUCCGUCUGUCCGUCCAUCCGGCCACGGCAGGCAGUUGCACACCCAAAGAGCAACUUCCAUGUUUAACAUUUAAAUAAAAUAUUGAAUGUUUACCCAGCGGUGCGGGCCGCGUUUGCUCAGUGAGCGUCCGUCUGCAGAGCAGCAGCACUGGGUAAACAGCAGAGAGCUUAAGGAAGUGUUUAUAUGUGGGCACGUGGAUGAGGAUCCUUGGGGUCCCACUGCGUUCCUUCACCUCUGGGUCUGCCUCAUUGCCUGGUGUGGCCUGGAAACUGCAGGGGAUGGGUGCUGAGGGGUGCAGAAAGGGAAAAACGAGGGCAAAAAGACCAAAAGAACCAAAAAGGGAUUGUGAGUGAUGUGAAGUCUUGGGUUGCGUGCGACUGCUGCAUAUCCUGGGUGCACCCAUCCUGCAGCAGCAUCUGGGUCUUGCACCCACCACUCACUCCAUCCCCACCUGGAGGUCCUGGAGCCGCCUCUCCCCACAUCCCUGGACCAAGGGUUUGUGCUGGGAGAGUUCCUGAUGCAUUAGAAUAGCAACAUCAGCAUUUCAGUGGGGAGGAGCUGGAACUCCCCAACCUGGCCACGCCACGCCAUGCCAAGGCACUUGGUUAUCUUCUUUUUCUGGAGCAGGGAAAUGGGGAAAAGUUGAGUGCUGAUUUCCAUGUGGGCAUCAUUGAUGGCAUCUCCAUCCCCAACAGCAGAGCUUAGCAGCCCCUGGUUGCCUUCACUUCUACAGCAUCCCACCCCACAGCAGCCACUGUACCCAGCCAGGCUCUUGGGCAUGCUGUGGGACAACUGUUCCCUGCUGCUCCCUUAUCUCUCCUGGGGUGACUCGGCUGGGGCUCAGCAUGGAGCUGCACUGAAGGUCAGGUCACCCCUUUGCUUUUGUUGGCAGCAGUUUUUGGAAGCAGAAAGUACCACGGAGCUGUGCAAAAAGGAAGGGGCAGCCAUAGGGUUGCAGAUGGUUUCUUCUGUAGAACAGAUGAAAUAAAACCCAGUUCUGUACCCCCCAGAAGGGCCAUUUUCUAGCACUGAACACGGGGGGUCUCCUUUUCUUCUUAUCAUUUGGCUUUCUUUCUAUUUUUGUCCCGUAAAAGCAGAAGGGACAGAGUGAGAAAUCAGGAGUUGGAAAAUGGAACAUCAGAGCACAGGGAAGCUGGGGGCUGAGCCAAAGCUGCAGCGUGGGAGGGUCGGGGGGGUUCCAUCCACAUCCCCCAAAGCAGGAACUCCCCAUCCUGGGCAGAGAACAGGGCUGUGCCAGUGCUCGAUAACAGAGCUGGGGAGCCAGCAUCCCUCCCGGGCUGGAGAGCAGAUGAUUUAGAAAGCUCUAAUCGGUGCUGCGGUAAAACAGAUGGAUGGGAGCUUUGUGCUCCAGCUCGACUCCAGCAGCCGGAGGCACCCGCUGCAUGUUAAUGCUGGAGCAGAGCGAGGGCUGCACCUGGUGCUGGGGGGGCCCCAUGUGCACCCAUACCCCUAUAGUGGAGGUGUGGGGAUGUCACCACGUGUGGCACCAGGAGCAAAACUGAACUCACUGCGCUCGUGUGCUGCUGCUGAGCAGAGUCAACGCUGCUCCCGUGGCGCCUGGGGGGACGAUGUCACUGCAUCCCCACGGUGAUCCGUGGAGCACAGAGCCGAGAGGCAGCGAGCAGCCGACCCUGCUCUCGUUGCAGGUUAAGGAUGGUCCAUGUGAUGGGGGAUGCCGGCUGCUGGCUCCUGCUUGGGCUCACCCUGCUCCCCAUCGCUGUGCUGGGCUCCCAGGACGAUGGGAAGGUGAUCCACAUCAGCCGGGUGCAGCACCAGGCGGUGCGAGUGGGGCUGGGGGAGCCCGUGGCGCUGCCCUGCCUCUUCCUGCUGCAUCCCUCCGCCUCGCUGGGUCCCAACGAGCCCCCGGACCCCCCCCGUGUCAAAUGGAGCAAGGUGCGCUCGGCCAGCGGGCAGCGGGAGGACGUCCCCAUCUUGGUGGCCAAGGACAACGUGGUGAAGGUGGUGAAAGCCUAUGAGGGUCGCGUGUCCCUCCCUGGCUACGCCCGUGACCGCUACAACGGGACACUGCUGCUGCGUGCUGCCCGCGCCAGCGAUGCGGGGCUGUACCGCUGCGAGGUGGUGGCUGGCAUCGAUGAUGAGCAGGACCUGCUGCCCCUUGAAGUGAUGGGUGUUGUCUUCCACUACCGCCCCGCGGGCGCUCGCUAUGCGCUGACCUUCGCUGCUGCCCGCCGUGCCUGCAUGGACAACUCAGCCAUCAUCGCCUCUCCCCAGCACCUGCAGGCUGCUUUUGAGGACGGCUAUGACAACUGUGAUGCAGGCUGGCUGGCCGACCAGAGCGUGCGGUACCCCAUCACACUGUCCCGACCCGGCUGCUAUGGGGACCGCAACAGCCUCCCCGGGGUGCGCAGCUACGGGCAGAGGGAGCCUGGUGAGCUGUACGAUGUCUACUGCUACGCACGGGAGCUGCAAGGGAAGGUGUUCUAUGCCACGGCCCCAGGGCGCUUCACCUUGUCGGGGGCACGGAGGCAUUGCUGGGGCCGUGGGGCUGCGUUGGCCACCACAGGGCAGCUGUACCUGGCCUGGCGUGAGGGCCUGGACCAGUGCGACCCGGGCUGGCUGGCAGAUGGCAGCGUGAGGUACCCCAUCCUGGCUCCACGCAGGAAGUGUGGCGGUGAGGCGCCGGGUGUCAGGACUCUCUACCGCUUCCCCAACCGCACGGGUUUCCCCCCACCCACCUCCAAAUUCGAUGCGUACUGCUAUAAAGGGGACGUGGCAGGUGCUCCCGAUUCUACUGCGGAGCAGAGGGAACAGGAGCCGCUGGGCAGUGACAACGUGCUGGUGGAGCGUGAGGACAUGGCCACCUCUGGGGACAGCCCACGUGCCGGCGUCCUGCGGCAGCUGGGGGCUGCAGGGCCCAGUGGUGCCGAGGACGAGCAGUUGCAGUUGGCAAGCAGUGUGACAGCAGCGUGGCGUGGUGACAUCCCCGGGGGCAGCAUUACAGCCUCUUCAUCCUCUCCAUCCUCAUCGGUGUGGCCGCUUGAGGAUGAAGCCCUCAAUGCAGUGGACCAGGCACCGCGGGGCUCCACACAGGAGCUGUUUGGCAGCAGCCCGGCGCCGGCACUGCGAGAAUUCCCUGACCCCAUGGAACCCCUGUUCACCCUCCAUCCACAGACCCGAAGUCCAGCCCAGGAGAUCACCAGCUCACCACCAGCACCACCAGCUUUGGGGACGGUCCCCAUUGUGGCAGCAGAAACCCCCAGCACCCCAAAACAGAGCAGCUACGCUGGGCUGAAUGGGCGCUACUUCCAGCUGCAGCAGCAGAGCCAGGACCCCUCGGUGGCCCAGGACCCCACAGUGGUUGAUGACCACACAGUGGCUGGGGACCCAGCGGGGACAGUCACCCUGGCCCCCAUCCUGGCCCUGGAGGUGAAGGGGGCUGCAGCCAACGCAGUAGAGACGUGGAGCAUCACCCGUCCCAGUGCUGAGAGCCCCCAUAGAGGAGGUCCCUAUCCACUCUCCAACGAGGUGGAGGAGAUUGGCCACAAGCUGUUGGCACCAUCCACCAUCCCUGUGCCUCCCUCCCAGAGGGGUUUACCGCAGUCGAGCCUCUCUACAGCCCCACAUGGUCCCGGGGACCCCACAUGGACAUCCCUGCCAUCAUCCCCACCCACUCCUGUAGCUCCCAGUGACCCUUCCCACCACCAGGACGUCAGCACUGGGGAGGCUCAGCCCCGCGGUGACUCUCCUCAGCCACCUGCAGAUGUCACCGAGGACUUCUCUGGGGAUGCUGCCCCCAAGGAGGAUGACAGCCCCAUCCCUCCGUGGCCCCCACUGCCCCCAGCCCCACUGGUGGCUGAGGGCCCCGGAACAGCUGCACAGCCCAGCAGUGACAGCGGUGGGGCCCUGGGUGAUGGCUCGUUGGAGCGGCAGAGGAAGGCGGUGACCUUUGUCCUCCCACCCAUGGGGCUCCCUGGCAGCCCCAGCCCCACUGCAGCAUCUUCUCCCCAUCCGCAGAGCAGGCUGAGCCCCACAGAUCCCCAAGGGGCACUCGAAAUGGGGGCUGAACCCACCCAUGAGCACCUGGAUAUGGGGACGGGGCUGCAGGACGAAGCAGCCAUCAACGCAGUGGCUCCAGAUGUCCCCUCAGCUUCCCCUACAGACAGCGAGGUGACCCCACGGUUGGGCUCCGAGUGGCCAUCAGAGGGCAGCGGGCGGGUGGGGGACGGCCCUACAGCUGCCCCACAGCACCCAAACCCCUCUGAGCCAGGGCUGGAAGGAGAGGAGUAUCCCCCACACCCCCCAGAACCCCAAUGGCCCCCCAGCCCCAGCGAGGAGGACACCUCAGAGGAGGCAAAGAACAAACCCCCUACCAGUACAGCCACCCACCCCCCAGCACCCCCUGACACCCACUGGCCGUCACCCACCGCCCCCCACCCAUGGGUGCCAGAUGGGCAUGAAGCCCCGAGUGCGGGACCGCUCUUUGAGCCCACCACGCCGGGGGGGGCAGGGGGGGCUUUGCUGCUGGAUGCCGACAGUGGGAGUGGCGAGGAGCCCGUGCUGGAGGAGCAGGAGCUGCUGGUGUGGGCAGACAGCAGCAACAGCAGCCAGCAUGCUCCAGCUGACCCAUGCCAGACCAACCCCUGUCUGCACGGCGGGACGUGCCACGCCAACGGCUCCAUCUGCGGCUGCAGCUGCGCCCCGGGCUUCACUGGGGAGAACUGUGAGAUCGACAUCGAUGACUGCCUGUCGAGCCCCUGCCAGAACGGCGGCACCUGCAUCGACGAGGUCAACGCCUUCGUCUGCCUCUGCCUGCCCAGCUAUGGUGGCAGCCGCUGUGAAAAAGACACGGAGGGCUGUGACCACAACUGGCACAAGUUCCAGGGCCACUGCUACCGCUACUUCUCCCGGCGGCGCUCCUGGGAGGACGCAGAGCGCGACUGCCGCCGGCGCGCCGGGCACCUCACCAGCAUCCACUCACAGGAGGAGCACGGCUUCAUCAACAGUUUUGGGCACGAGAACACCUGGAUCGGGCUCAACGAUAGGAUUGUGGAGCAGGACUUCCAAUGGACGGACAACACUGGCCUGCAAUACGAGAACUGGAGGGAGAACCAACCCGACAACUUCUUUGCGGGCGGUGAGGACUGCGUGGUGUUGGUUUCCCACGAGAUCGGCAAGUGGAACGAUGUGCCCUGCAACUACAACCUGCCCUACAUCUGCAAGAAAGGCACAGUGCUUUGUGGUCCCCCCCCGGAGGUGGAGAACGCGUUCCUCGUGGGGAAGAAGAAGGAGAGGUACAGCAUCCACUCGAGCGUGCGCUACCAGUGUGAGGAGGGCUUCACCCAGCGCCACGUCCCCACCAUCAGGUGCCACAGCAAUGGCAAGUGGGACCGGCCCAAACUGCUCUGCACAAAACCCAGGCGGUCGCACCGGGCACGGCGGCACCACCGGCACCGCCACAGCCACCCUCACCACCAGCACCACCACCACAAACCCCGCAAGGAGCGGCGAAAACACCGCAAGCACCUCCGGCUGGACUGGAUGGAAGAGGGCCACUACUUUUAGGGCCGGGGAGGCAGCGAGUGUGCGGUCCCCAGGCACCCCAGGAACAGCCGUCCGUGGGACGGGACGUGGUGACGUCCCCUGAUCCCCUCCAGCCCACCCCCCACACCUCUUUUAUAACCCUCUUUGCUUUAGCUCCUAGGAUGCCCGGCCCCGUAGGGAAUAGGACCCAGCGGGGGCGGCUGCGUGUGCGUCCCCAGCCCCCCCCUGCAUGCCCCACCCCGGGGUCGAGCCCCUGACCCUGCAUGGGGAUCCCGAAAUCCCCACUGGGUCCUGGGGGGGCUGCCCCAUGGCGGCCGAUGGCCCCCUGGGCUCUGCUCCCCUCCAGGCUGUGGGGGGGACACGCAGCAGCCCCCACCCAUCACCCCACUGCCCCGUGGGGGGCUCCGGUUUUUUAACAGCCCCCCCCUGUCUUCCUGCCCCACCAAUGUCCCCACAGCCAGCACGGGGUCCCUGUCCCGCCCUGUGGGACCCUCUGGGCUGGAUUUUGGGGUUGGAUUUCCCUUUUUUCCGUUCAUUGUCGGUUCCCCGUUGGAGUUGGCGUGUGUGUGUAUGGCGCUUUCUGAUCUCUGCUGUUUGCGAUGUGACUGCAGUGUCCCGUACCCCCUCCCCUCUUCCGUGGCAUUUCUGACUCUGCGUUUCUGUACUGCUGGACAUUUUAAU